CCUGCGAAUGAGCUGAGCUCUUCCUCGAAUUUCCAUCUACUAUAGCAGCCCACUCCCACCUCCACCACCACCAUCCCACCCAAACCCCAACCUCUUCCAUUAGUUGCCGCGAUAAUGUGUCGGCCCUGAGCCUCUUGCGCCCGAUGUAAGCCGUUGUCUCGACAGCUUGCUGGCGCCCGCCAGCUUGGAUGUUUGGUGUUCACAGUGACUGGGAUUGCACACGGCCACUGGAGUAUGUGGAACGCGGGAAAUAAAAAGAGCGCAGGCAACGGCAGGUGGCAUCCACCCAUGGUUUAUUGAUCACUCUCCGUCUCUUGCAAAGCAAAGGCAUCGAUGUGACAUUACUUUCGCGUGAACGAGCACGCUGGUGCAUCGCACGAUCUGGACACUUAAAAUAUUAAACGCACGCACCUCGCACACAUCACACACGCCACACACACAUUGCACAGCCGUUUCCACACCAAACUGCAAUGCAUACAUCCGAAAACUGAGACGAAACAUUUUCCACAAAUAUAUUUCCUCCUCGAUAGCUUCGCAAAACCACACUGCGCAGGGUACAAUCAUCAAGGACUUUACACACACACACACAUUAUAUUCGCAUGUAAUAUACAAACACACAUAGACGAUCGUGACUGAGUGGCGCAUAUCUUAAUGAUGCUCGAGAGAGGUCAGAAAGUUUUUAUCUUUGGGCGCAAAUAAUUCGAAGAAAUACGAAAAUUGAAAUUGUUGCGUUUUUUCCCCCUCAGAAAUUACGGCUCCGACAGAAAUUGGUUUCACUCGUAAGGCAGCGAGCGGACACCCUGAAGUUCAACAUUGUGCUCGCUCCUUACCACGUACAAACACACGACACCCAUUAUCGAUGAGCCUAGUAACUCGCCUCCCGUGGUGUUGGAAAAACGAAGCACGCAUUACCAGUACCAGCUCCUAGCGCAGCCACAACAACGACAACGACCACGACCCGAAACCAAACCAUAGCGCACAUUUUCGCGCAGCAAGAUCGCGCAGAUGAGGACCCAGCGUCAACUCGUGCUGAAAGACGAGGAGCUAUCGUUAGUCUAUGGUUGAAGUGAGACUCAAAUGAGUACCCAUUGUCAUCGCAAGGGCUGCCUUUGUCCGCGGGAUAGACCGACGAUCUGCUGCUGUUAUCCUGCGCUGGACUAAGGACGCGUGCACUUACAAGGACGUGGACACGAGGUACAUUUAAGACAAUGGCAUCGUCACUGGCACUGCCUCUGUCCGACGGCUUUUUCCGCCGUCUCAGCAAGGAGUCGCUCAAAGAAAUCGCCGAUCAGAUCGCCGAGGAGAAGGCAAACAAGGAGGCGGGAGACAAGAGCCUCCUGGAUUUUGUCGAGGAGGAACUCAAGCCUCUCAGCUUUCUGGAGGCCGAGAGGAAGCUGCCGUUCGUCUACGGGGACGUGCCCAAGGAACUCAUCUCGGAGCCCCUAGAAGACCUGGAUCCCUUCUACAGGAACCAGAUGACGUUCAUUGCGGUGAACAGAAAAAAGAGGAUCUACAGAUUUAAUGCGACAAACUCCCUUUAUUUGUUCAGUCCAUUUAACCCCGUGCGGCGCAUUGCCAUCAAGAUCCUAAUACACAUAUAUCCUUUUAUGUUCUGCUGA